UGUUAACAGGACGUGGGGAAUGAGCAUAGUCUACGUCGACGGUGCUGGUACUUGACGUAUCAGUUACCUUUAAUUGGUUCUGUUGUCUAGGGGAUGCAUGCCUAUUAUGGAUCAGAGUAGAUACUACUGAGUUCCCAAGAGCAGGUUGGUUCACAUGCAAAAUGGAGAGCAGUUGGUAGCUGUGUUGUGCAAACAUGGCAAGGCGUGACGCAGCCCAGUUUGACGACGCGUUCGAAGAUGCUGAGAGUGACCUUGUGAACCCCAAAUCAACCCUGGACCCACACCUCCAUAUGGACACCAUCACCUCGUCCAUACGCAGCAAUGGAGAGCUGCCCGAGUCAGAGAAAUCAGAGUCCCAGUGUGGGGAGGAGAUUGGCCCCGAGGAGAUGAAUGGUGCCUUGGAGGGAGAGGAUGACCAGAUGGAAGGCUAUUAUGAGAAUGAGGAAGACAGCUGUCUACCCAGGGAUGACUUCCAUCAACAGCUGGACGAAAAUAAUUACUACGUGGAGCCCGCCGAUCAGUUCCACACGGGAGAGGACAUGACGGAGAGCGAUAAUGAUAGAGAGUACCAAGGGGAGGUGGGGACAGAAGAGGGGGACAUUAUUGGCGGGGAGGGGCAUUAUGCCGAAGAUCAGCCUCAGGAUGACCAGCAGCUUCCUCUGGAUCGAGGGGAGGAGUCACCCAGGGAGGGGGAGGAAGCUGAGGAGGACAACAUUGGUGCCGAAGGAGAAGGGGAUCUGGGCCGAGACACCAGGGUGGAGGGUAUGCAGUACCUGAGUGAGGACGAAGAAGAAGUCGAAGGGGAGGACUUCUUUGAGGAGGUGGAAGAUUUCUACCUGGGUGGGGAGCCUCAGUUGAAACAACGGUUUGCACUGGAGGAAGAGUUACCUCAGUCAGAACAAGCAGAGAGUGAUUCAUAUGAGAAGGCACCGCUGGACUCUUUCAGCAACCCAGCUACUCAGUAUGGUCAGUCAGGCGCAACAGAUGCAUAUAAGAGCCGUCAUGAACCAGACGAGCUCUAUGAAGUUGAUGACCAGCUAGGAACCACAGAGCAAGGUGGUGGAGCCCUCUACGACAUAGAGAGCUACGGAGUGGAGCCAGCAACCACACGCGACAUAACGGAUCAAAGUCAGAGUGAUUCAGCGGAGGCAGAUCAGGAGGAAUUUAGCCCAGCUCUAAAUGACCGAUGUUACCCCAUCGAGCCUCCUGUUGAUGAGAGUUUAAAUCAGGAACAACAGGUUGACGACAUGCUAGAUGUUAAUAAAGACAGUACUAAGGAGAAUAAAUUUGUCAAUGUGGUGCACCCGAAUGUAAGUAGAUUUCCAGAGUGGAGAGCAGAGCCACCCACAAAUGCACCCAAAGUAGAUAGUGACAGUACUCGCAAACCCGCUCGGCAACUGGCAAGCAAUCAGGAAGGCAUCCCUCCUAACACUGUCCGUCCAAAGAGCCCAAAGAGAUCAAAGCCUCCAGCUCCCCGACUUCCUGCAAACAGCAGUACUACCACUCAGCCCCAAAGAUUUGCAAACGCUCCUUCUCAACAGGCCUCCACAGCUCAACAUAGAGAUGCCCAGGGUACCAGGCCACUCGCAAAACAUUCAGCCGGUCAGAUUCCAAGAAGCCCCACACGACGAGUGCCUACGAGACAGCUGCCAUCAGCACAGACAUCAGCCACAGCGCUGUCAGGUAAAACUUCUCCGACAGGAGCUGCUCCUGAAAGGAAGCAGCAGGAAAGAUAUGAAGCCGGCAAGAAUGAUGCCAGAGGUGUCGGUCCUGGACAUGCUCAAAGGAGACAAGUCCCAGAAUCAAAUGCAGGCCUUCCAAAGGUUGAGGUCAGUCAGCAGGUGAUGCAUCAGGACAAGUUGAUGGAAAAACCAGCUGAGGCCCAGAAGCCGCUCCCUGUUCCUGGGGGUGCCAGGCCAGUGGCCUCCCUGAAGUCCCGAUUCCAGAACGAGAUGAAGGAGAUUUUCGAUUUGGAGAAAAACCUGUCCUCAAGUACUUUCAUAAAUACUGCCGAGGAAGCUGGCAGGAGGACUCAAAAUGGACACAGUGCCAAAAGUGCGUCCCUUCCUGGGCAGAGAACCAGUCCAGUGCGGGCACGCCACAAUGAUGAGUAUGCUGCUGUGUCGUCUCUCAGAUCAGCAGCAGAGAAGGCCAGCCCUGGACUGAGCACCCGAGGGAGGGCCCAGGCAGCAUCGCAACUCCCUGGCCAGCUUGGCUCACAACCAGCAGGCGCCAAGACGCAGGUACAGAAGAGAUCAGGCCUGCCUUCACCAGCCAAACGUAUCACCAGUUCGCCACGGCUUCAAGCAGCUCAGCCGGAACCCCCAAGGAAUAACUCCAAUGCCAACAAUCUACCAAGGGUCAGCCCUGGUUCUAGUGCCUUGCAGAGGGGCAGGGUUGCUGACAAGUACAACUUCAAUGUGAGUGAACUGUCAGAUGGUGCCAGUGGGGAGGUGGUUUUUGAUGACUGUGAUGAGUGUGGAGCCUACCUUGAUGAGCGCAUGGGUGGCUCCAGUAAGAGCCCGGAUGUUCCCAACAGCAUAUUUGGCAAACCAGGCAGCACUUCUGCACCCCAGGAGAGGCCAAGAUCUCUUAGACGUCGCAACAGCUAUGAGAUGGCAAAUCGCGAAUCAAGCAGCGAAGAUGAAGCCAAUGAAGGGGAAUACCGAGUUGAUGAAGGGUAUGCUGCUGGAAGUGCUGAAGACAGCAACACCCCAUCCCACCAGCAUCCCAGCGGGAAAGAGGAUCUUGCAGGGUCGUCUGGUGGAGGGAAGUACGAUCUAGACAUUGACGGCAGCACUGAUAGCGAUGACAGGGCUCCGGUCAUCCCACCAACUGGUGUUGACGAAAACCUCCUGGCCAGGUUGGCAGCCAGGGAGCUUGCCAACCUGUGGAAGUCCAACGACAGGAACAAGCAGAGUGCUGGCUCGGACAGCGGCGUCCAGCCUGACAGCAGCCGGCAGUCAUCUGAGUACUCGGGGCCCAGUCCCCCAACCACACCACAAGAGCUGGGCGCAGCCGGGGCAAAGCAGGACCAGCGCAAGCCCAACAUGCCCAACGUCAGCCCAAUGGAGUACGAUGUGGUGGGCGUGCGCCUGGCCGGCCACGCUGAGAGCAAUGUAGCUGCGGGCAGUCUCCCACCCCACCCCGAGGAGGAUCAGUUUUCGGACGCCGACGAAGAGGAUGAGCCCAAGUCCGGUGGUGGAGUGGGCAGCAGUGUUGUGGCACCGGACAAAUUCCCUGAGAAGUUUAACUUCAGCCCAGGCUACAAAAACCUGAACCUUGGAAGUCCCGUUGCUGGGAGGUAUCCCCCAAAGCCGGUGAAAGAGACCCCACCACCUCCCAAACCGGUGGACGUCAAGGAUGCCAUGAAGGAGCUCCAACAGGCCCUGUCAUCCAGCAAGAAUGCCUCUAUGAAGACCCCGUCUUUCUACAUCCAAGAGCAGCUACCACAGCCAAUCUGGGUGAUGCAGCCAGAGACCGCACAGAAAGCUGCGGAGGAAGACCGGAGGCGAAGGAUCAUGGAGGAACGUAAGAAAAGGCAGGAGGAGUUGCGCAUCUUACGGCUGAAGCAGCGGGAGGAGUACAUGCAAAGCACUGACCCACAGUGCUAUCAACACACGGUGACCGACGAGGACGAGGAGACCGACGAAGGGCUGGAGAGCCGGCAGCUCAUCUCCAACCAGGACAAGGCCGGCGGCAACUACCUGAACAAGCAGCGGCUGGUCCUGGAACCGGACAUGCGGGCCCCGGAUCUUCCCCCAGCCCCAGGACGAAUUCAAGAAUCUCGUGGGCCACAUGAUGAAACAGCUCUCACCAAAGGUAUCAUCUACCCAGCUGCGUAUCUGGGGUCAACGCAGCUGGUCACCACCAAGCAGCCCACCAAGAAAGUCCGCAUGCAACAGGCGCAGGAGGCUGUCAACAGAAUUAAGACGCGUAUUCGGAGAAGAUGGAAUAAGGCCCCAGAAGGUGAGGAGCAGCCCAGCACAGAGGUGGACCUGUCUAUCUCCAACGAGAAGAUCAAAGUCCUCAAUGCAGACACACAGGAGACGAUGAUGGACCACCCCCUGAAGACGAUCUCCUACAUCGCGGACAUCGGCAACAUUGUGGUCAUCAUGGCCAGACGGCGAGUGACCAGGACGCUGGACGAAGCCAUGGAGGACAGCGGCAUGAUGGUGGACUCGGAGGGCAGACGACAGCCCCGCAAGAUCAUCUGCCAUGUCUUUGAGACGGAGGACGCUCAGCUGAUUGCCCAGACCAUUGGCCAGGCCUUUGCCAUGGCCUAUCUGGAGUUCCUGAAGGCCAACGGCAUCGAGGACCAUCAUGUCAAUGAGCUGGACUACCAUGAUGUGCUCAACUCCCAGGAGAUAUAUGGCGAUGACCUCAUGCUCUUCUCCAACAAGGAGUGUGAGAAGGAGGUCCUGAUUGAGAAGGAGCGGGGUGAGAUCAUGGGCGUGGUCAUUGUGGAGUCUGGGUGGGGCUCGCUCAUCCCCACCGUGGUCAUAGCCAAUAUGUCCCAGUUUGGGGCAGCGGCUCGCUCGGGCAAGCUCAACAUAGGUGACCAGGUCAUGUCCAUCAACGGCACCAGCCUAGUGGGCCUACCCCUGGCACAGUGCCAACAGAUGAUCAAGUCUUUGAAGAGCCAGAGCCUGGCCAAGUUCAACAUUGUCUCCUGUCCACCAGUAACCCAAGUUCUCAUCAAGAGACCAGACACCAAGUACCAGCUGGGAUUCAGCGUGCAGAAUGGCAUCAUAUGCAGUUUAAUGCGAGGAGGUAUCGCCGAGAGGGGAGGAGUGCGGGUGGGUCACCGCAUCAUCGAGAUCAAUGGGGCCAGCGUCGUAGCCACGGCGCACGAGAAGAUUGUAGAGAUGUUGUCCACGUCUGUUGGAGAGAUUCGUAUGAAGACAAUGCCACUCUCAAUGUACAAGCUACUUACAGGACAGGAGCAGCCAGUCUAUAUCUGAGAGUAAAGAAACUCUUGCUAUUGAGAGAUAAAAGGGAAAACGAAAUCCUUUGUAAAUAUUUGUACAUAAGAACUAAAUUUGGACAAAAGAAAGAAGACUCUUGUGAUAAUUGCUGUUAAGGUCAGUGUUAUUCCAAUGAAAUCCUCGUUCAAUUACAUUCCCCGUUGCACCCAGGAGGGGUGUGAGAUUUGUGGAAGUAUACCACCGUCAGGUGAUUGCACUAGCAACAGGAGGCAAGGGGCUGAGCCCCCAGCAUCGUCAAGUUUGGUUCAUGAGAGAGGCUCCAGUCUGCCUGGAACUUGGCUUGUAAGAAUUACCUUGAUCUCACGAGAUCAGAGUGGGUUCAUUGUAUAAUAAUAAAUGCAACAAGAAAAGAGAUUUUUUGUUGGUUGUUAAAUUACUCCGGGAGUGUCACAGUGGCACGAUAGAUCACUGGCUUCCAUCAAGGAUUCCACUAUCGCAGUCAGAGCAUGUCAAAGGGUCGUGGAAAGUUCAACUUGAGUGACUCUGGUGCACUUAGGAGGGUGCUUUUGAUGCGAGGAGCCUCAGUGAUCUCUGUGGAUGUGAGCUCGGUCCACUCACCGUGUAGACCGCCCUCUGUCAAUCCAAGGACAACGAGGCACCCAACGGACAGGUUCAGUUGGAACCAUACAGUCACCGGUUCCCAAGCAUUUGUGCCAGGAACAAGAACAACAUGGGCGAGCUGCCAGUCACUUGAACCCAAGUCACCUCUCCCAAGCAGCCUUGUCACAUAUAAGUUACUUAUAAGUCAACGGUGCUGUUUGUCAACCAUGUAUAUGAUGUAUGAUACAUAUUGAAGACCCGGUCUGACCUUAAAUGAAUAUAAUCGCCGUAUUUCUCUCAACACUCUGACCAGUGCGCGGAAUCAGCCCACUCGAGUUGAACAGUUUGGCCUAGGCUGAUUCCAUAGCUUUGGCUAAGCACUGUAGAAUUGAAAUGAUUUUUUUUUUCAAAUUGACUUACUGACACAAACCUUAAUGCUGUUGUGUCUGAUAGCUUGGACACUUUCACAUCAUCUUACAGAUUUGAUGAAUCUGUUUCUUUUUUAGACUACCCCGAGACAGGGAAAUGACAGUAUUGAAUGUUGGUGGAAAACAACAUAAAUGAUAUUUGACAAUUCAGGUCAUGGUUUUGACAGGUGAAAUUACCUAACUGUCAAAAAUUUACAAACGAAUGUAUGGAGAAACAAUCCUUUUUACAUUACACCAAAUUGGAAUGAGAACAUUAUAUUAUUGACUGUCUAUUAGUAAUUACCAUCAUUGUGAUAAUAUAAUGAAUACCCAGUGGUUCCGUGUUUUACCCAAAUGUGGACGUAAAUUCCUCUUACUGUUACAAAAUAUAAACAACUUUCACUAAAUCGGCAUCUCUCUGUCCUGUUGUCAGGCUUUGGUUGUAUUUUUGACUGACUUUGUCAUCCAAAAAAAAUUGUACAAAAGAAAUUGUAUUUAUAAUGAGGAACCUGUUCAAUUUAUCAAAUAUUUAAAUCGAUGAUUAAAAUGCUUCUCAUAUAAUUAACAACCAACCUGUACUCUCUUUUCACCUGCUGAAGGUAUAUUGUAUAAUCUCCAUUUAUUAAUUUAUUUUUGUGAUUUUUUUUUCUAAUUUUCACGUGGAGAAAUAGCGUGUACUAAAAAUACUUGGAUGUGGACCUGAACUACACAAGAUCAAUAAUUCACAGCACAACUCUGGUAAAGAUACUUCAGUGAAUAUGGAAAAUUUGUUAUUUUGGUACGUGUAAGAAAAUGUUUAUAAUGAUCUGAGCGUCACUGAAUGUCUACAUUGUAUUCAUUAGUUAUUGUUUUUAUAUAUUUGUAUUUUUGGUUCAAAAUUUUCCUUUUUUGUUCAUUUUUCCCUUCUUUACUGCAAGUAACUGUGUAUAGUCUCGACAUGGUAGAGAAUGUUUUUCUAAUGAGCGUGGGCUUGGAGAUAUUGGUCAAAAUUGACCUUCAGAUGACACCUUGGAUAAGAGUAAUCAAAAUAUUUUUUGUCGGUUUCUUACUUGCCGAGCUGUGCCAAAUUCCAUCAUCGGAUUUAGGUGUGCAGUUGAAGUGGAAGAUGGUUCCCGGAAUUUUUUCGGAUCGACAUUCACACCAUGUGCGGGUUAGGCUAUCGCUGAAAUGUCAUCGAAUUUAUGGCCUUUUUGUUAUCAUUAAAUGAUGAGAUACUUGCUUGUAGAAAAGCUGACAUCCAGUCGCCAGAAAUCUGAUAUAGUGAGUCAGUAUUUUAAUGUUAUUGGGUGCCCGAGUGGCAAGUUUUGUAUGAAUAGUAAAACUGUGCUGUAUCUGGGAAGUACCAGUAGUGUUUCAUGAAAUUUUAAUUUGUUUGCCGUGCUGGGCCAAUUGUAUCGAGCUGCUAAAUUCAGCAAUUGCAGUUGUACGGUAAUUCAUUGCUUUCCUUUAUCAGUAAGUCUUGCACACUCAUGGACAUGCAUUGGAUUAUGAUAGCAGUAACCCACAGUGCUUUGCGCUCCGGUAGCUGUGACGUAUUUCCUCCGUAGAAUUUUGUGAGGGGUGGGAGGAGCACGUUGCCAAUACCCACUUUAUUUCUUGUGCCGAGACAUACGCAUUGUGGUCAAAGAGUGCGGUUUUAUUUUGUUUUAUUUUUUGUUCUCUUUUCCCCGGGAUGUCCCACUAAAUCUGACACCAACAUUCAGAAAUAACUGCUCUGCUUCUGUUGUUACAGGUCACAUUCAUUUUUCACUAAGAAAAAAAACUUGCUGGUUUUUUCCCUGAGAGCUAAGACUGAAGUUAUAUAUGAAAAUGAAAAUACCUCGCUUCAUAAUGUCAAGUUCUUUCCCUUUGAGACAAAAAAUUCUUCAAUGGUGUAUAAUGUCACAGUAACUUCACAAAUUAAUAUUGUCUGAAUGUGUUAAUUACCCGUGAGUAUUACAUGUACAAUCAAAUAAAAUGGUGCUUUUAUUUUAAAAUAUUACCAAGUAUGGUCAAACGGCCGUGGUGUCAGUGUCAAGUCCAAUUUCCGGACUUAGUUUAUAAUUGUUAGUAAAUAUACUCCAUUCAAGUGGUCGGAGUCGUCAUUGCUGGACGUUAGUUGGAAUAAUUUUGACAUUUUUUCCUGAGCGAAAUGUCGGAGGUCCGUGCAGCAGCUUGACGAAACACACAAAUAUUUACUUCACCGCAGCCGCUGAAAUUGUAAAAAUUGAUAUCUGAUUUCUUUUCUCAAGGGAAAAACCCUGUGCUUCCAAUGUGAGCACAGGAAGACUUGAUGAGAUGAUGUAAAUAGAUGUAUUGUACAGGAAGGGGGUGGUGUCGCGUGAUCUCUUUUAACUCUGUGGGCUGUACUAGUUUGUAUUGUUGCAAAAUAUUACGCCUGUAAGAUAGACUUUAGCCAGACUUAACCAAUUGAAAUGAAUCGUAUUAUUUUACUAAUGAUUUUCCUCAUUCUGUCUUCUAUCUAUAAUUCACAAUGAAAUAUACUGGACUGUAGAAAGACCAAAAGCCUUCAGUCAUAACGCCUACGUUAGGAAAAUAUUGCAGUGCUUCUCUGACGCCACAGAAAUUGUAUCCGUCUUUUGCCCCUUUGAGUAUUUGUAUAAGCCUGGAAAAAGUCAUGUACGAAAAACUGUGCUUUAAAACACCCAAGUAUGAAGAGAUUAGAAGUUGUACACCUGCUUGUGUGCCUGUACGUUUUACGAAGCGUCAUUUGUCGUCUGGUAAAAGUAAAUGAAAGGCUGUUCUGUAUUAACGUUCGUAAAGACCAUUGUGUGAUGUUUAUAAGUAAUGAUGACGACGGACGGCCUUUUGGGGUAUACGUAAACGUAGAAGGUAGUGUUAUUUCGGAAAAACUACCGGUAAGUCAACAUAGCAUGUAGAUGUAAGAUGGGGAUUUUUUAAAACAUCAUUACUCGCCACAUGAAAUCACGGAAUGAAGUCACAAUGAAUUGGCUUGGUUUCGACAGCCGUCUGUCGACGUGUCUCCGGUAUCGCUACUAAAUUAUUUGAGCUUGUCCGAAGUUGUAAUGCGUGUAGUUGGAAAGGAUGAGAUAUUUCAUUAAAAGUAAAGAAAAAAUCUUGAUAACUGUCUUCAUAAAUGCAUCAACCAAUUCUUUUCAGUUGGCAUGUUUGUCCUAUAAUCCCUUUCCUCCUCAAUUUGACCAAAUAGCCUCCUUUCCAGUAGUAAGUCUUUUACACGGUUAUUUAGUAUGUCACGGUACUACCAUUGUUAAUUUCAUUCCCAACCCUUUGUACAGUAUUUAAUGAUUACUGAAUAAAAUUCAAGGCGAAGCUUAAACGAAAUUCAUCUAAUCAAUUAAAAUAUAAAGAAACAAAAAAGCGUACUCAAGAGUAUCGAA